AUCGCCUCUUGCAGUAGCAUGCUCUCGCCGCCCCCUCGCCGCCUAGCCAGUUCGCCGUUCCUCGUCCUCGCUGCGGCGCUCCUCGGCCUCACAGCCCUGCUCCUUCUCGCCUCACAAACGUCGCGGGUGGCGGUGAACACGCCGAGCGAGCGGGGCAUGUUCCUGCAGUCUCCAGUUGUGCUGCAGUGGCCUGUCGGCUUCAGUGACGACGCGCCGCCCUUCAGUGACGACACACCGCCCUUGUCACACGACGACACACCGCCGCUCACGCGCAGCGAGUAUUAUGGCCCGCCGCCCUCGCGCGAUCGGCGCAGCCGCAGCGGCAGCGCUAUCGACAGCAGCGAAGUGUGUGUGGCAAAGGCGGCGGUCCUGCCGCCCGACCGCGCCGAGCUCGCGCGGUCCACGUGGGAGGGUUCCAACGCCACGCUCCUCCUCUCGCUCGCGGGCGCGCUCCUCUGCCCGCCGCAGCGCCUCCUGGUGUGGGACUGCUCUCGCUGUGGCGGGCUCGGCCUCAGCCGCCGCCCAAAGGUGAUGUUAUCGGACGGCGGCUCGUUCCUCGCGCUGGUUGGGGUGCACGAGGCGCUGCAGUGGGUGGUGGUUGCCUUCCGCGGCUCGGUCGACGGCAACCUCGGCGCGUGGGGCCGCAACCUUCAGUGCUGGACGGAGCAGUACCGCUUUGGUGGCUGCGGCGCCUGGAUUCACCGCGGGUGGGGGCUGGGAUACUCAAAGCUGCGGGGGCGCGUGUGGGCCGCGGCCGUGCAGGCUCUGUCGGAGCACCCGCAAUACAGGCUGGUUGUGACGGGGCACAGCGCGGGCGGUGCCCUCGCCUCCCUCUUUGUUGCUGACGCUCUCUACGGGCGGCGCGUGCUGCAAGCAGGGCAGGACCCGUGCCCCGCAACCAUGCCCGCCUUUGACGCGGCGGCGCCGCUCCUCGUCACCUUUGCGAGCCCAAUGGCGGGCGACCGCCAGUUCGCCGACCUGGUGGACGCCGGCCUCGACGAGCGCGCCAACGUGCUGCUGCGCGUGGUCAACAGCCACGAUGCAGCGGUGCACGCGCCCAACCUCCUGGCGACCGGCCUGCAGCUCAGCAUCCCGUGCCCGGCGGGCGGCUGGAGGCAGUACGCCCAUCCAGGCCAGGAGGUGUGGCUGCCGGUGGCGGGGGAUCCGGACCCGGCCAAGGCGCUCUUCUGCAACAGCUCGGGCGACGCGUCGACCGCCUCGGACCCGAACCCGCUCUGCUCCUCGUCGCUGCCGCGCAAGAGCCUCACUUGGCUCGACCACAACACGUACCUCGGUGUCGACUCGGGCGCUUGCCACGACGAGCCGUGGCCGAGCGCGACGCCCCUCGAUGGGUCGAGGGCACUCUCUCGCGACCGGCGCCCGCGGCGGCUGCGCGCGCUACAGUUCUCUGAUCACACGCACGUGCCUGUGAGCGAGCCUGAGCUCUCGCUUUCACUUCUCGUCAUGUGA